GGGUAGCUGCGCGUGUAUCCUUUCUACCCAGCUCAGCUUAUCAAAUGCAGAGAUUUGCUGAGAUUCCUCUUACCGUUUAGUGUGUAGCAUAAAAUUCCAUAGUAGUAAAUGUACAUACUCCAGUUGGACCAAUUUGCUGUAUAAAAGGAUAUGCACUCGCAGGAAGUAAAUUAAUUGUGAAAAAUCUUAUUAGCGUACGGUUGUGCGGUGUAGUGGAUUAAAAAAGUUAAUCUGAGAGUGAUUUGUGGAUUGAUUAAAAGUGAUUUGAGUACUGGGGACUCUAUUAAAAUUCAAUAAGAACUGCAGAUAUAGACAACUCUAAAAACCAAAGCAAUAUCGGUUAUCUAACAGAAUAUGUCCCGAAAUCAAUUGCCCGAUUCAUCGUCCUCGCCGCCAAUAAGCCACCUCUCAUUUCAUAACUUUGACGAUGACAUGAUCAACGAUUUGCCGUCGUGCGUUUAUGCUGGUGCAGCACAUCACGUGAGCGCCGCAGCGGGUGGCCUUGUUGGUGGCGGCGGUAAUCUGCGGAUGAGUACAAGCAAUUUGCGUCAGAUGCAACAACAAUACUUACAUCAUGCGGAAAAUCUGCUAGAUUCAUCAACAGGCAUGUCACUUGCCUCGGCCAGCUCUUCCACCGGCUGUGGCGGUGGCGGUGGCGGUGCCGGCGGUAAUGCAGCCUUGCUCUGCAAUAGUCCUAAUGCGAGCAGCAGCAGCGUCGGUUAUGGUAAUCCCCCGGCAACAAAUGCAACGACAGCGACAACACCGUACAAGCUGCAACGGCAACAGGCGAACGUGCGCGAGAGGAAACGCAUCCAGAGGUCGGCACCAACUGGUAGCAUCAAUUCGGCUUUCGAUGAGCUGCGCGUUCACGUGCCCACCUUUCCGUACGAGAAACGAUUAAGCAAAAUCGACACUUUACGUUUGGCCAUCGCUUAUAUUUCACUGCUGCGCGAAGUCCUACAGACCGACUACGAUCCACUGACCUAUGUGGAAAAAUGCUUGCGUGGUGAGAUUAAGGCCGAUCGCGCCAAUUGGAAUACUAGUGAUCUCACAGCGCGCCUAUCGUGGAUCAACUGGGAAAAUUUGGGCGUACAUCCGGGACGUCGUACCCUACUCACCACACUAGCAUUGUCUUCGGAGCCAAUGUGCGGAGCGCACUGUGGGCCAUAAAUAAAUAUUCCAAUGCCAAAAAAUAAUAAUAUUAAUAAUAAUCGACUCCAAAAACUUUGAGGCAUGCGUACAUACAUAUCUUAUUAUAUAAUUUCGUUGUGAUACUAACUUAGUCCCACUGUCUUCCGUUUACGUAAAUAUAUUUGUGUACUUUAAGCCGUGUAUAAUACAUAUAAGCGCAAGUAAAAAAUUGAAACAUCAUAAAAUUCAACUUUUAUUUUCAAAUAUUGAUAACAAGCAUUUAUUUGUUCGACAAAAAGCGUUUUAUUUUCUAAUUUUUGUAUUGCUACAUACAUUGUAACUUAGCUGCAUACAUUUUUAUGAUGAAUAUGUAAAAAUAAAAAUUAAUUUAAAAAUUAUACAAAUUAAGUAUUUUAAAUGCU